GCGGGACUCGCUCCAUCGAUUGUUCCUUUUUUGAUCUUUUUUCGUGUCGUCUUUUUCCAAAUUUUUAUUCCCAGUGAAUUUGUAAAUUUCAUUUUUCCAAACUUUAUUAAAAUUGCGCUAAGAUUCCAUUAAAACUCGGCCUCUAAAGGUUUGCGAAUACUUGUAAAAAAUUUGAUUACCAAUCGUGCAAAGUUUGUUUUCAAUUUUCCUCAUUUCUCGGUUCCGUUCGUGUGCUUUUUUCACAAGAUCCGUUCUCAGAGAAGGACCAUUUUUCUCGGAAUCUCAAGUUGGAGCAAGCUUCCAGUAAAACGGGAAAAGGCGUGAAGGCAACAAUAGGCUUCCUAAGGCUUCCUUAAGUUGGGUUCGAAAAUCAGCGACUAUCGACUUUGAUGCUUGCAGUCUAGUCUUAUUUGAGUCAAAGAGUUGUGACAUGUAAGCAAGAAGAAUGUCCAAGAUUUAUUUGUAGUUUAAGCGAGACAUGAAGAUCUUGAUAAUCUGAUUGAGGGAAGGAUACCUACAUCCAGAGGGUAAAGAGUCAAAAAUCGAGGAAAAAAUCUCGAGCAUUACCUCCCUCUAAAAAGAAAACAAAAAACAGUUUUAAAAACAGACACCUUUAACAGAGUGUGUGAUACCUCGUGUGAUAAAAUCAGUGCUGAUAAGAGUGACAAAAAAAGGUCCGGAAGGUGGGAGGUUCUGAUAACGUUUACCCAGAGGCAGAAUGGUCGUGCGAGGCUCGGCGUUCAGUCUUCGAGUUCAGGUACCCUGGGCGAGAUCGUUUCCGUCGCUCGAUCAAAUCGGAUCACGUGCUUACUUCCGGUAGUGUGGCGGCGCUGAAUCUGUUUUCCGAAGAGUGGAAAAAAGUGGCGCUCAUCGCCGAAGAAGUGGUGGCGGAGAGGAAAAUAGUGCUCGAAAAAUAAAAGGAGCACCAUUGACUUGUUCAAGCUCAAGUUUUUAAUUUGACGCUUUAGGCGCUCCACGUUGCCGAGUUUCGAAGAGUAAUCGAGCUCUGCCAGUUCAGCGAAACGAAUAAGUAAGGAAUUUUUUUGGAUCAACGUCGUCAAGUGAGUGUUGUGUAGCGUUCAAUUGUUGAGUAGAAAAUUAGUGCGCGGGUUUAUUUUUUUUCGCGAGUGUGAUAAACAAAAUUUGAAGGUCGAAGCCUUCAAAUUUCGUGAACAACCCUGUCUGUCGUGAAGGAUAAUCAGGACAACGGGGACCGUGAUUCGGUUGCCGGAAGGAGUCCGAUGAAAAUGCUACAGUCCCUCAACAGCCUGGCGAGCAAAAUCUCGCCAAGCUCGCCAACCGACAGCAACGCCAACAAAGUUCACAUGCACAACAACAAUGUGCAUCCACAUCCGUAUUCAAAAAAAGUAGUCCAGGCUUCGCAGUCCAGUAAUGGCGAUCAAAAGGAAAACAAUGUUCUGAACAACAACUGUUUGGAAAAACCUGAUCCCGACAACAUUAAAAUGUUUGUUGGUCAAGUACCCAAAGAUAUGGACGAAAAUGAUCUUCGACCUAUUUUUGAAGAAUAUGGUCGAGUUCAUCAAAUCAACGUUUUGCGCGACAAGUUCAGCGGCAGCAGUAGAGGCUGCUGCUUUGUGACGUUCUAUACAAGGAAAGCUGCAUUGGCCGCCCAAAAUGCCCUGCACAACAUCAUGACCUUCAAAGGGGUGAGUGGAAAUAUGGUGCAUCCAAUCCAGAUGAAGCCUGCCGACAGCGAAAACAGAAAUCAACGAAAGCUAUUUGUUGGUAUGCUUUCGAAAAAGUACACUGAGAACGAUGUUCGAAACAUGUUCGGUGUUUUUGGGACGAUAGAAGAAUGCUCUGUCUUGCGAGAUAAUGGACAAAGUAAAGGCUGUGCUUUUGUCACUUUCUCGAGCAAACAGUCAGCCAUCAAUGCUAGCAAAACCCUUCAUCAUUCGCAAACAAUGGAGGGCUGCUCGGCACCUCUAGUCGUAAAGUUCGCGGAUACCCAGAAGGAAAAGGAGCAGAAGAGGAUGCAGCAGAUCCAGGCGAAUCUCUGGAACAUUGCUAGUGUCAAUAUGACGCCCCAUUACCUGACGACGGGAAUUGAUCAAGUAAAUAAUUUUUUUAAGAAUGAGUCACUGGCUCCAACGUCACUCCAGCUGCUGCAGCAACUGCAGGCGACGUCGAGCGCCGCCGCGACGCCAGUUGGUACCAAUGCGAGUGCAAAUGCACUCUCGAGUGUCCAGCAUCAAUUGUUGCUGCAGCAGCAUUUGGGUCUCGGUGCAACAGCUCCAGCAACUGCAGCGCCACCAGUCCAGACUCAACCGGAAAUCAGUUCUGCCAACCUACAGGGACUCGCGACCCUCGCGUCUUUGAGUAACAGUGCUGGUGAGUACGCGAACGCGGGCGUAUCGCCAAUGAGUAUGCAGAACCUCGUGACCCUCGCGGCGAUGACUGGCGGAAACGGUAACCUGCAGGUCUCGCCAAACACGCUAAGUGGAUUGGCGAAUUCGUCAGCAGGUAUGUCGCUAUGGUCAACUGGAGGCAAUUUAAGUCCUGUGACGUCCCUAGCGCUCAAUUCCUUAACUGGAACACCUUUGAAUGGACUUCAGGACACAAUUAGCAAUGCAUACUCGAGUUUACAACAAUAUGCAGGAUUCCCGGCUUUUACGGCUGCAGCAGCCGCAGCUGCAGCGGCAGCACAGACGACUGCUUAUGCCGCUGGAGGCAAGCAAAUCGAGGGUCCUGAGGGUGCAAAUCUUUUUAUCUAUCACCUUCCCCAGGAGUUUACGGACUCGGAUCUCGCCACGACCUUCCUGCCUUUUGGAAACGUCAUCUCUGCUCGAGUCUUUAUCGACAGAAAUACGAAGAGGAGCAAAUGCUUUGGCUUCGUGUCAUAUGAUAACACGAAGAGUGCGCAGGCCGCAAUCCAGGCGAUGCACGGAUUUCCAAUCGGGCAAAAAAGACUCAAGGUUCAGCCAAAGCGACCCAAGGAUAACACCAAGGUCUACUAGCCAUCCUCAGCGAUCCUUCAAGCAGGUGGCCUGUGACGUUGUGACCGUUUACUCUGGACCGGAGUUGCCGUGCCAUGUCUGUCUCAGUCAGUCGAUCUGUCAGUCACGACUCGAUCUCUUUUUUCUUUCUACUUUCUCUAUCACCUUCAC